GCCAGGUUCUAGUGUUGCAACGUAACAAUGGCCUAUUACGUCGACCCCUUGGGAAGACAUGUCAACAUUACAUUCUCUCGCCAAGACCAGUCGGAUUCGAAGCUUGUUGUCGAACCACCAGACGAGCCGGAGCUUCCAUCCUUCUCCUCCAGUGUGAAGGACAAUUCCGACUUGGACUCAGACGAGCACUCGACCAGUAUCAAGGAUUCGCCAAGCAACUUCGCAUCUGAAUUCGCAGCCCAUACAGUAGCCGAAGAAGAUGUAACCAGGAUUCGCAACUCUCACACAUCUGCAUUGUCUAACGGGAGCGGUUCUUGGCGAUCAUCGGCGUGGCCAGAUUGCUCUGAUGACGGGGACGUAGAGUUUGAGCAAGGGGAAAUCUCGAUCGGUGACUCCAGCACUGACUUCAGGGGCAGGUCAAGCACGAAAGCCAUUUGCACUGCUGCGAUCAGAAACACGACCCCUCCGCCACGUGGAGUAAGCAACCCAUCUACACCGGAAGUCGAUGUCCCCAGAUGUAUCAAGCGUUUCGAGGACAACGUAGAAGCAGUGAUCGCUCUUGCGAAGAGGGACACAGAGCAUAGAAGGACGAUCCAAUCGCUGCACAGACAGAUUCAAGCUCAGCGCGAGGAGAACGACUGGCUGAGGAACAGUGUUGUUAUCCACGACCGCGAAGUGCGCCAUUCACGCGAUCCAUUCGUGGAAUCCGAGACCAAGAGACAUGGUACCCCGCAGAAACAAAAGCAAACGUUCCAGGAGUUCGAAGAGGAAGCUAUGCCUGCGCAUGUGAGCGAUUUGGUAAAGCGGCACAAUAACGAGAUCGCAAGGCUCGAAAAUAAGCUGGAGUACGUAAAGAAAAGAAAGUGCGCAGAGUUGGCAGUCCACUUGAGUCUGCCCGGAAGAGAUUUGGACGAGAUGCGAGAGCGGAUUAGCAGCUUUCAUGCAGAGAUUGCGCAGCUAAAAUCUCGUAACGAUGACCUGGAGCUCAGGAAUAGAUGGUUAAAGGCUGAGCUUGACGAACUUGCAGCCCAUCUUGAAGGCAUGAAGAACAUCUGA